AUGACAAUAUCACCCAGUAAUGGUAAUAUACCGAUAUUAUCACAGCCAUCAGUCAGAUUGUCCAUACCAGAGUCUUUACCAGAGAUUCAAUCUAAGAACAACGCCUUCUUUAAUAUUCCAACGACAACGUACUCAAUAAGACCACCACCACCACCAAUGAUCCAGUUAAAGACGUACAAUCAAGAACAUAUCCCAAUUGAACACCACGACUCAUAUCCAACAUUUACAGAUCGUAUUCGAUGUCUUGUUUUAGCCAAUAGAAAGUCAUCGGUCGUGGCACCUGAAAAAAUCGAGGAAAAAACUAUAAUUCCGUUUCCUGCACCGACGCAACGGUUAUUGACGCCUCAGGAUGGUUCGGCAAUUCCAGUUAUUUCACUUUCACCCAAUUAUUCAACCAAUAAAACCAAUAUUAUACCACUUUUAUCAGAGGCUCCCAUGCUGGGUGACGACGAUGAGAAUUUGGAAUAUAAGUUCCUCAUGGCCCCACCGGUUGAAGAUAAUCUAAUUGGAAAAUAUGUUUGGAAAUAUCGCAUUAUUCAUUCAUUAGGCGAAGGUGCCUUUUCAAAAUUCUUGGAUCAUGAUCGUAUUGUUCAAUUAGAAGCCACCAUGGAAACAGAACAACAUUUAUGCAUAGUUUUAGAAUACGUUCAGGGCGAGGAAUUGUUUGAUUUUGUACAGCAUAUGCAUUCAGACAUACACGAGGAAGCCACAAAAGCCAGUAUUGACGAACAACUAAUAAAACGUCUUACAUUAGAAUUGGUUCAGGUAGUAUCCUGGCUGCACAAUCAUAACAUUGUACAUCGAGAUCUCAAGCUUGAGAAUAUCCUUGUUUACUAUGAUAACCGAGGUGAACUGCAUUUAAAGCUUACAGACUUUGGUUUAGCACGAGUAUUUGAUCCAAAGCAACCAAUCUUAACUACACGCUGUGGCAGUGAAGAAUACACAUCACCAGAAAUUAUACAGAGUAUAGGUUAUGAUGGAAGAUUAACAGAUACAUGGUCCAUUGGUAUUAUCUUAUAUGCCCUACUCGUGGGAUAUCUACCAUUUAGCUAUAGUUCAAGAAGAGGAGAAAGAGUAUCGCAUCUAUAUCAUCGUAUUGUUCUCGCAAAAGUAAAUUGGCCUCAUACAGACAAAAUAAGCGAAGAAGCAAAAGAAGUUGUACAACGUAUAUUGGUUCGAGAACCAGAUAAAAGGAUUCGUUUAGAUCAGUUAGAUGCACUAUUAUGGUUUCAGUAA